CAUAGUCUAUGCUGAAAACCUCUAAGUCAUCAUCUCUGGUGAGAACUGAACUUCAACCUAGAUUUCUUACUGCCCAUAGGACAUUUCCACUUGGAUACCCUGUUGUUUCAAGAGCUGCCCUCUCAAGUUUUCAGUUCCUCAUUCUUUCCAUCAACUUCACUACCUUUCUUAUUCCCAUUGUCACCACUGAAGGCCAGACUCACAUCGCUUCAAAGUCAGGUGACUAGGUGUCCUCCUAUUUGGUCUCCCAGUCUCCAAUCUCAAUCCCUUUCAAAUUUUUCCAACCAACUCCUACUCCAACUCCUACCUACUCUAUGGGUACCCAGUAGGCAUCCCAUAGAAGUAAUUAAAUACUGUGAAGGCCACAUCCAUCAAUUCAGUGUACGUCUGGAUGAGUAAUUCAGAAAUAUGCCAUCUUCCAUAGCUUCCAUAGCCCACUGGGCUUCUAAUUUUUAUCAUCACCUCACCUCCAUGAGAAGAAGGUAGGUCGGAGAACAUCAUUUCAUUCUACAGAUGAUUUCACCAAGAUCCUGAGAUUGUGAGUCCUUAAGAUGAUGGCAGAAAGAAAUGAGCUUCCUCCCGUCACAUGGUGAUGCAGGCGAUCUGGGGACCGCACCCUGAGAGGCAGUAAGAACCCGUUGACUUCACAAAAGGCUUCCGGCAGGCUACCCCCACCAACGCCCAGGCUCCGGGCGGACCCACCCCUGCCGCCGUCCGCCUGGCCCACCCUCUAGGCUCGGGUCGGCUGCGGGUGGAUUUCAGUCGGAUGUAGACCCGGGCACAGAGGUACCACGACCAGCCACUACCCGGCUUCCACUUUUGCCAGCCACAGACACGGGGACGACUCGCGACUUCGGUGUCCAGCAGCCUGUAACGCGACCGCCCAUUGGCUCAACUUAGUACCGCUUGGCCGUGGAGCUUCCAAAGGCUUUAAGGAUUGGCUGGAGCUCCAAGCGCCGCGGCCAGUUGGCGGGUAGGAUCGCGUUCUAAGGGGCGGGAUCCGCCUGGGCCCCACCUCCCUCUGCUGCCACUGUCCUCUGCUGUCGCCUCCGCUGCGCAUCAGGUUCCGUCAGCUGGACGCGCGGAGGUCCCUCGGGGCGUCUCUCUUUAUCACCUCCACCGGGUGGGUUUGUCCGGUCUGCGAGGCAUUGAAAGGGAGAAGGGGUUUGAGGUCAGUUCUGGAUUUGGGGAUUUUUCAGGAAUUUCGGGUUUGCCUAACAUUUUUAGAAGAAAAAUCCAACGACUUAUCUUCAUCAGUUUCAUCAAAGCCUUUAACAUCAAGAAAAGUGCGAGGCCCCCGCCCCCACUCCGAGCUCAGUCUCUCAAAAAUUGAAUUUGGGGCAGGAGGGGCGCGCUGGAGCGCGGCUGUCCUCGGAGCCUGCGGCCGCGGCGACCGCUCCAAGCUUCGCAGACGCUCGGAGAUCAUGGAGGAUGCGACUAGGGCCUUGGGGAAAGGAACCCUCCCCCCGGGGCCGGUCCCAGAGGGCCUGAUCCGCGUCUACAGCAUGAGGUUCUGCCCCUACGCGCACAGGACGCGCCUUGUCCUCCGGGCCAAAGGCAUCAGACAUGAAGUUAUCAACAUUAACCUGAGAAACAAGCCUGAGUGGUACUAUACAAAGCACCCUUUUGGCCAAAUUCCUGUCCUGGAGAACAGUAAAUGUCAGUUGAUCUACGAAUCUGUCAUUGCUUGUGAAUACCUGGAUGAUGCUUAUCCUGGAAGAAAGCUGUAUCCAUAUGACCCUUAUGAGCGGGCUCGCCAAAAGAUGUUACUGGAGUUAUUCUAUAAGGUCCCACAUUUGACCAAGGAGUGCCUGGUAGCAUUGAGAUGUGGGAGAAAAUGCACUGAUCUGAAGCUAGCCCUGCGUCAGGAAUUCUGCAACCUUGAAGAGAUUCUUGGCUAUCAGAACACCAUCUUCUUUGGUGGAGACUGUAUUUCCAUGAUUGAUUAUCUCUUUUGGCCCUGGUUUGAGCGGCUGGAUGUAUAUGGAAUCGCCGACUGUUUGAACCACACACCAGCACUUCGGCUCUGGACAGCGGCCAUGAAGCAGGACCCCACAGUGUGUGCUCUUCUCAUAGAUAAGAACAUUUUCUUGGGCUUCUUGAAUCUUUAUUUUCAGAACAACCCUGAUGCCUUUGACUAUGGGCUAACUUGCUGAGCCUCAGUCCACUCCUUCACCAUCCAGAAUUCCCAAGCAUGUCGUGACUCUGCAUCAGGAAUUGUUUUGGUGGGUCUGACAAUCUCUGUUCGUUUUCUUUGCGGUUCCCAAUAAACGUGGAGACAGAAAAUGUAUUCUUUCUGAUAA